AUGUCUACCAACGUUCAAAUUGGGGAAGAUGUUCCUGAAACUACUUACAAGCAGUUAUUGACUGAGACUGAAGGGGAAUUCACUGAUGACAGCUUUGCACCAAACCAGAAAUCCAUUAUCACUAAUGAGAGUGUAUUUGAUCUCACUCCUGAAGAAGUUGAUGUAUUUAAAAGCCUUAGUUAUGCCAGACUCUCUGAGAUUUAUGAUCAGAAGAGCACAAGAUUCUUCGGAGAGAUUUCUCCCGAAGUGAUUCAACAAGGCUGCCUCUGAAAUUCAUAUUUCUUGUCAGCCAUUAGUGCUCUUGCUGAGAACCCAGAAAGAAUCAAGAAAUGAUUUGUCUCUCAAGACUGGAAUAAAGUUGGCUGUUAUGCAACAGAAUUGUACGUGAAUGGUGAGAAAACAGAAAUUAUUGUUGACGAUUACAUUCCUGUGUAUAAAGAUUCAAAGGAUAUUGCAUUCUCUAGCACAACUACUAACAGCAUUUGGAUGCAGUUGCUGGAGAAAGCAUGGGCCAAAGCUAACGGAGGAUAUGACAAAAUUGUAUUUGGGCUUUCCAGUGAAGUCCUCAGAACAAUCACUGGAGCUCCUACAUUCACAUUGGAUCAUGAGACUUGAAAACCAGAUAGUGUUUGGAAGAAUCUCAAGGACGGUACGAGGAAUAAUUAUCCUAUGCUGUGCAGCCUUGAUUCCGAAAAAUACAAUUAUGAUGAGCAUAACUGAAUCAGUAAUUUCUCUUACAACGUGAUCGGUACUUAUAAAGUAAAUACAAGCAAUGGAAAUGUAAAACUGAUCAAAAUCAGAAAUCCUUGGAAGAACUUUGACUGGGAAGGAGACUGGGCUAGUAAUUCUGAUCUCUGGACUGAGCAUAUUAAGGAAGAAGUUGAGUACGAAUCCAGCGAAAAUGGGAUUAUCUUUAUGUCUCUUGAAGACUAUAUUGACUCCUUCACAGCAAGUGUUAUCUGUAAGGUGCACGAUAGCUACGAAUAUACUAGAUAUGAGAUGAAGCAAGAUAUAGGGAGUCAUUCUGUCCUCAAACUACAAGUAAAUCAAGAUGCAAAAAUUUUCUUGAAUCUCUCUCAGCUAGCUUACAGAAUUGUGCCAAAAGAAUAUGGAUACAAGCCCUAUAAUGCUAAGAUGAUACUUGCUAGAUUAGAAAAGGAUAAUAAAGACUUUCCACUUGAGUUCAUUAAUGCAAAUGUCGACGAAAAGGAUGAGGUAGCACUAGAAGCUGAUUUAGUGGCAGGUGAAUAUUAUCUCUACUGAGAAGUGGACUGGGACGAAAAUAGGCCACAUGAUUCGUUUAUUGUGUCAUUCUAUGGCCCACAUAUAGCUAAUCUAUAUGAAAAAUAACUACCCAAGCUUCUUGGAGAAGUCACUUGCAUCCUGAGCAAUGCUCAAGUCCCAGAGACACUACUAUUACGACCAUAAGCAAGAAAAUUCAUUUAGGUGAAUGAGUGUAACGGACUCUAAAUGCGAAUAUGGAUUCUUGUUCUAUUAUAACGACUCUAAAGAUGCAGUUUUAGAAGAAAAGAUUAAUUUCUCAGCUCUUGAUAAUCUUGAGCUUGCAGAACCUUACAGUGGAACAUCUGCCAAGAUCAAAGUGAGCGCUGGGAAGUCUAAAAUAGUCAUCCUUAAAAGACUUGACAGAUACUGCAAAUACGAAGUUGAGUACAAGACCAGGUUUUCCUUUGGGGAAAAGAAAUAUCUUGAAGAAAUUUAUGAUAAAGGAAAGAAAAUCCAAGUGACUUUCAAUAAAAAGCCUUAUGAUAUUUUCGUCUACACUAUGUAUGGAGGAAGUGACUUCUAUUUCUUGAUGGAGAACCAUACUGAUGAUAAGCUAUGCAAAGCGAAGUUCAAACUAGACCUUAGAAAUAUGCAUGAUAUUGAUAAUCCAAGUAGCAAAUCAUGGGUUGUCGACAUUUAUCCAGGAGCUAAAAUUGUCAAAAAGCUCUCAACAACUGAUUCUUCAAAGAAGAGCGGAGUAAAGUACUCUUAUGCUUUCAAAGUUGAGGAAGUUCUCAAUGAUGAGAACCUCAUCAUUGAAAAGGUCAAACAGAAAGGAAAGAAAAAGCAGAUUCAAUAUAACGCCGAGAACUACAAUAUAAACUUCUAUUCGUCUUUUUUCCAAAAGAAGUUUUAUUUCCUCUACGAGAACAACGAGGAAGAUAAAAUAUUUGAAGGAAACUACAAGUUUACUAAAACAAACUUGAAAAUUGUUGGAGACGAGGAUUCAGAUACAGUUAAGGUAGUCCUCCAACCAGGAGAAGUUGCACUAAGAGUAUUAGUGCCUGUAGAUCCAGACCAAGAGUGUACUAUUUCUUACAAGUACACUUAUGUGGUUUCAAAUCUUGAGCAAUAA